AUGGCGACCAACCUCACGCAGAAGCCGCUGUGCCCGCUUCUGGAGGAGAUGAGCCAGACGCAGAGCCACCGGAACGCCAGCCUCCGCUACAUGGACUACGCCGCGGUGCUGCUGCACGGGCUGGUGGGGCUGGUGGGGCUGACGGAGAAUGGCCUCAUCCUCUUCGUGGUGGGCUGCCGCAUGCGCCAGACCGUGGUCACCACGUGGGUGCUGCACCUGGCGCUGUCCGACCUGCUGGCCACCGCCUCCCUGCCCUUCUUCACCUACUUCCUGGCCGUGGGGCACUCGUGGAAGCUGGGCACCACCUUCUGCAAGCUGCACUCGUCCGUCUUCUUCCUCAACAUGUUCGCCAGCGGCUUCCUGCUCAGCGCCAUCAGCCUGGACCGCUGCCUGCAGGUGCUGCGGCCCGUGUGGGCGCAGAACCGCCGCACGGUGCCCGCGGCGCACCGCCUGUGCCUGGUGCUCUGGGCGCUGGCCGCGCUCAACACGGCGCCCUACUUCGUGUUCCGCGACACCAUCCCGCGCCGCGACGGCCGCAUCAUGUGCUACUACAACGUGCUGCAGCUGCACCCGGGGCCGGACCGCGACGCGGUGUGCCACGCGCGCCAGCUGGCCCUGGCCGUCAGCAAGUGCCUGCUGGCCUUCGUGCUGCCGCUGGCCGUCAUCGCCUCCAGCCACGUGGCCGUGAGCCUGCGGCUGCGCCACCGCGGGCCCCGGCGGCGCUCGGGCCGCUUCGUGCGCCUGGUGGCCGCCGUGGUGACGGCCUUCGCGCUCUGCUGGGGCCCCUACCACGUCUUCAGCCUGCUGGAGGCGCGCGCGCACGCCCACGCGGCGCUGCGGCCGAUCGUGGGCCGCGGGCUGCCCUUCGUCACCAGCCUGGCCUUCCUCAACAGCGUGCUCAACCCGCUGCUCUACGUCUUCACCUGCCCCGACGUGCUGCACAAGCUGCGGCGCUCGCUGCGCAGCGUGCUGGAGACGGUGCUGGUGGACGACAGCGAGCUGGGGGGUCUCGGGAGCGGCCGCCGGCGCCGCGCCUCCUCCUCGGCCAGCGGCCCGGCCUCCCACGUCGCCACCGCGGCCGCCGCCGCCGCCUGGAAGCUUGACCUCUUCGUUUAA